AAAUAAAAAAGCGGAGAAGCAAGCAAACAAACCAAAGUGCUCCUGCUCCAGUUCAAUAUACAACAUAAGCGGCUUCAUAGUGAAGAAAAGAAAAUGGAAAGAGGAGGAGAAAAGAAAGAAGAAGAAGAAGAAGAUAUAGUUUGCUUAGACCGAUCUUUCUUUAUCAAUGAUGAUUACCAGCUAGCUGAAUUCACAUUUGGCUCUCAAGUGAUCAACCUCUUUUGUCUCCAAUCUGCUUCUACUGAUUUUGAUCUGACUGGGCAAUUGGUAUGGCCUGGAGCUAUGCUUUUGAAUGAUUACAUUGCACAUAAUGUUAAUCUGCUCCAAGGAUGCUCUGUUAUUGAAUUAGGUUCUGGUGUUGGUAUUACUGGUAUACUAAGUAGCAGAUUUUGCCAUAAAUUUGUGUUAACAGAUCAUAACGAUGAAGUAAUCAAGAUCCUCGAGAAAAACGUAGAGCUGCAUGCAUCUUCUCAUGCUGAAUUAUUGGUUGAGAAACUAGAGUGGGGAAAUUCUGAGCAGAUUUGCGAUAUCUUAGAAAAGCAUUCGAGGGGAUUUGAUCUUAUUCUUGGAGCUGAUAUCUGCUUUCAACAAUCGAGCAUUCCUUUGCUUUUCAGUACAGUGAAGAAACUCCUUGAAGUUAGAGGCCAAGGAGAAUGCAAAUUCAUACUAGCCUACGUAUCCCGUGCUAAGAGCAUGGAUUUAGUGGUUCCAAAUGAAGCUAAGCGGUGCGGCUUGCAGAUAACCGAAGUAGUUGGAACUCGGCGUGCUGUUAGUAAUUUGGAAGGAGUUAUUUUUGAGGUGACCCUUUGAAAAAGGUUUAAGCCAUUUUAAUGUCAAAAUAUUUAGUUUCCUGCCAGUUGAAAAGGAAGCUGUUUUAGUUUCAUAAAAUUUUGGUUAUUUGAGAAGUUGCUGAUAUUGUCGAAGUUUGGUAUUUUGAGAAGUAAAUUCAACCAGCAAUGAUUAAGUAUUUAACAGUAAGAGGAUAUUGGUAUGAAA